AUUAAAGUGACUAAUGUUUAAUCUAAAUGACAGAUCCACCCGCACCCCGUAUAUGAGCAGUCGACAAACAGGCAUACAGAAAGAGAAACGGACGCAGUGUUCAGGAUUGACUCGAGAGCCCAUUCCUCCUCCUCGUCUGAUGUCCUUCGAUUGCCUUAAUGGGCUCGAAUAGUGGCCAUAUCGAAUCAAUCAGAGCAACUGAAAUCUCCCUCAGGAUGAUAUAUUUAAUUGGAAUCACCCUUCAUAAAAGUAUGUUCCAUCAAUAAGAAAAAAAAGUGCAGUUACUCCGUAAGUAAAUCAUAAAGAGAUUGUAAAAGUUCCCCUAAGGCCCUGAGAGACGUUACAGAUAGAGACAUUAAGUCUUUGAAUUACUCAAGAAAACCAAUCAAGAGGUUCUACCCUAUUGCACAAUAUCAUUGAUCAUCUCUGCUUAUCUCUGCAUCGUAAUUCGACAUACCCAAUAAGGUAGGCACGACAAAGUACGAGUGGAUCUGUCAGUUUUUCCGACAUUCCAUUUUCUCGCUCUCUUCUAAACGAGCCUGAUUGACCCUAGGAUAUGGGAGUGUAGGCUGCACGGGACAGAUUAAGGAUGUAACGUUUGUUGUAGGCAUAGAUCAUCAUGAUGACUCGUAACGAGUGCGUGUCGAGCGUUAGGGCGAUCAUAUGGGUCUGACUACUACGGCUACUGUGGCUACUAUGCGCUACUAUGGUUGUGAGUGCUACUCGUAUAUUCCCUGUAGUCCAUACCAAAAAGGAGGAGGAGCGAGUGGAGAUAGCUAGUGAGCAAGAGAGCAACUCGGUAAGCCAGUAACUAAGCGAGUUGGAGGUCGGAGGAGUAUAUUGGCUAUUUCCGCAGGAAGCUCUAGGUAACCUGUAACGGCCAUUGAGAUUGGGAUUGAACGCGCAAUGAUAGUUUCAUAACGAGUCGAUUUGAAAAGCUCAUCCGAUUAACAGGUGAAAAAGAGGAUUAUUAAUUAAAAGGGCUAAUGCAUAUAUGAAUGCAUCGGUGAAUUGCCAGAGGCUAAAGGAAUCUGAAAAGUAAAACCUGAUGGAAUUGAAUGAUCUGGCCAGGAAUAGGUACCAGAACGGUGUACACAAAUUUUCAGGUAAACAAAACAAAGAUCUUUUCCGAAAGGCGCUCUUGGUAAAGAAAGGUCUUGUUUGAGGAUCUCUCUCCAGUUUACAUUGAACCGCGCGACAAUACUUGUGACUAAGAAAGGGGAGAGGUCACUAAAAGCGAGAGGACAGCGGAUCUCCAUCCGACGUUGUGUCCAUACCUACACCUAACUAAACACCCAAGAUCAUCCCCUAAGAAGAAUCUAUAUGGGUCCAUAGGAUUUUUCACAGCUCUCAUCAUUGACAUUGACAUUAGCAGAGUGAGUCUACCCAACAGUGUUUUUUUAUGUACAAUACUCUAUGUAUCGAUGAACUUCAAAUAUCAUAUCGAGUAUUGAUCUUACGAAUGAGCAUCUUUCAGGUUCUCGUUGCGACCUCAGCGCUAGGAAGACCGGUUGAUCAAUCUAUCGGCACGUGCGAACAUAUGAAUGAAAGUUCAGGAGUACCAUAGUAAGAACAGGUCAAUCUGCCAAUUGACCAGUAGUGAGUAGUAGCUAUAUAUAGUUCACAGUAUGUAUAUAUAUAUAUAUGUAUAGCUGUCUAUGAACGAAGAUUCAAAUCGUUUCACUCUGCGGCUUGUAUUAUUGUCAAGUGAAGUAGUCGGCAGCUAGUGGUUCGUAAUGAGAAUGAAAAUGAGAAUGGGAAUGAGGGAUGGUCAAGGGGAGUGAAGCGAUGAAAGUGGAUAAGGGUCCCCGGGACUUGGUCGCUUCGUGGCUUCGUGUAGUGGGAGUCCGGCUUUACUGUCUGCUGCCAGUUCGUAGUCAGUUGCUCUUAUGCUAGUCACCGGCAAAGGACAGAGCUGCUCUUCGAAGUUAUCGAGCGUCGCGAUUUAUUUAUACACAUACACAUAGUAAUUCCAAGAGAUAUUUUAACGAAACAAAUAUUUGACAGACUACCAAUAUUUUGGUGUAUUUUUUUUUUGAAAAUUAGUGAAGGUGGCACGCUUGUGAGAUACAGCUUUAUUUUUGUUGGUUUUCAGUGAAUUUAGUGCUGACGGAUAAAAUCUGUGCGUGAAACUUUUUAUCUUAUGAUAAGAACCUAGUGGGUGAUUCACUCGAGGAAAGAAGACAAUGUGGAGAAUGCAAAUUUGAAUAUUGAUCAAAGGACACUGCCGGGUCCUCAGCCGUGGAUGAGCAGACGAGAGGAAGAUGCGUGGAAGAUGAAGAUUAGAAUUUAAAAGGGUGCUUUUUUGGGGGAACCGCGAAGGUCUUCGAGGGUUUUAUGUAGGGGCUGGAUAUUAUGUUAGAGAAGAGGCUAUGCGUGUUAUUGAAGGUGCUGGUGUUGACGGGAAGCGUCGCGACGCUCCUGCCGGAAGACCUCGAGGUGCGGAGGCCUCCAGGAAGUCUGCAAGAGGAAUGCGCCUCCAGAUGUCCGGAUCUCGAUUUGAAUCAGAAUCGAACGGACGACGCCAGUUCAGAGGUCGGCUGCGGUGUCAGAUGCAAGAUAGAUCAGUGCACAAAGGGUUGUGCUGCGUGGCAGCAGGCAUUGGAAACAAGCUGUCAAGCGGUUUGCAAUGGAACCCAAGAGUUACUACCACCGAAGGAGUUGUACUGCGUGCUGGGAUGUCACGAUGCUCUGAAUCGCUAUUUCCAACAGCUCAAAGCCGAAAUAGGAACCCCAUCGGCACCGGCACUUGUGGCAGAUUCCUUAACGGCAACAUCCCUUAGACUGGAAUGGAAGGGGAUCGACGUGGAGCGACGCGGGGGUGGAAUAUCAUACCUGGUACAGUGGCGCUACGAGGAGCUAGCAGAGACCUGGCAAUACUGUCGAAAUCAAUCGUGGGGCGAAGACGAUCAAAUUCUAGUCGAGAAUUUACAACCUUACACGAAAUACAGGUUUCGCGUAGCGUUGUUGCUAAAGUCCACGCAACACAAUCCAGAGCCAAUUGUUUCUGCUCCCAGCGUGGUGAUCUUGACUCAUUCAGCUGGACUCCCGACAUCAGCACCGGUAAUUGUUCGGGCGGCAGCCGUAGAUAGUUGCCGCGUGUCGGUCUCCUGGGAACCGGGCCCGUUCCCAAAUGGGCCACUCUUGUCCUAUGUCCUACGGCUACAAGGGGCUGACUACUCCCAGCUUAAGGAUAUACCAGCCUCCGAAAACACGGAUCACUACAUGUUUCAAAAUCUCGAACCAAAUAAAAAUUAUUCCAUAAACGUCACCAUGAGGAAUGGCGUUGGCGAAGGACCACCAGCUAUCAUCUAUAUAUCGACCACUCCGGAACCAGCUGUCAAGGACACUCAGCAACCAAUCCUCAUCCUUGGGGGGGAGCAUACCGUCAUGAAACAAGGUGCUGACAUGUUGGAGGAACCAGCUUUGGUUUAUCGUACAAGCAGCAUCAUCCGUGGCAUAGCCAUACAUGUAGCAUCUGCCCAGCUGUUCGUAUCCGAUUCGACUGGAUACGUGUAUCGAACUUCCAUAAUCGAGCCAACUGAGCCAAUACCAGUCCUGAGUCCCAAUCAGGCGAAUUUUAAACCACUGGGUCUGUCCGUCGAUUGGCUGAACCUUCAUCUAUACGUUCUGGGUGAAGUCAAACACGCGACUACCGUUUGGCAGAUUGCUAGAUGCAAUUUGGAUGGAAGAGGACUGACUGUCGCCAUGGCUGGUUUUCUUACAAGACCAUCUCACAUAGAGGUUGAUCCAUAUAACGGAUAUCUUUUUUGGGUUACUCGUAAUGGACUCUACAGAUUGGAUUUGUCUGACAUCAGUAAUGGGGUAAAGCACGAGGUGCAACCGUAUUUGAUUCUCGAAGAUCCUGACUUGGGUGCGUUCACCGUUGAUCAUACGAAUUUUCGAUUGCUGGUACCACAUCAUACUCAAAAUACUGUGAUAUCUGUAUCCCUGGAUGGUCGCGAGGUUAUAAAUCUGAGGAACAAUACUCAGAAACCAAAAUUCAAAAAUGUCGUAUCCUUGGCUAUGGCCAAUGGUCUCUUUCGGUGGACCAACGGGGAAGAAGUUCUGACGGAAGAUUAUCAUGUGGGGCAGAACAGAUAUUUUCACAAUGCCUAUCCUGAUAGACGCGACGGGUCAUUCGUUAGCGUCAGUGUCUUAAUGGAUGCCAGUCAGCCAGUUCCGGUACCGGUAAAUCCACCGACUGGAGUCCAGGCUGUCUUAGGAGCCGAAAGAGCAAAGGUAUCCUGGCAAGCACCUCAUCUGUUGGGUGGACAAGGUAAAGGUGCCUGGCAAAAUUGGUCCUACGAAUUGGAAAUCAAGGAUGAGACAACCGGUGAGACGAUUCGUCAAAAAGGAAUAGCCGGCGCGUCGCAUACGGUUCACCAUUUGCGCGAGAGAUCAGAAUAUUCGAUUAAGGCUGCAGCAUAUACCAGUGCCGGUAGAGGACCGUGGUCUACGGAAUUUCGUGGACGAACCUUAAGUGAUCCAAGGGAUGGCUCCUACGCAUCCAUAUUGUGGUCUGCCAAUGAAGGUUUAUUGAGAAGUGACGUAACUGGAGAAAACGUGGACACUCUUAUACACAAAACAAGUCUGAAGGAUUCUGAUAACGAAUAUCAUAUUGUGGAUAUAUCCUGGUACAAGGACAUACUGUAUCUAGUGGGAAAUAACUCGAUUCUGUAUCGAUACAAUAUUACUAGUCACCAGAAGACCAGGCUGAAUAUUAAUUCUGUGGGUAGCAUAGCCGUGGAUUGGAUAUCCAAGAAAUUGUAUUGGGCAAAUCCAAAGCAACAAGUAAUAACACGCUCCAAUUUAAAUGGUUCGCAACACGAGACAAUGUCGAUCCUAGCCAUUGUUAAAGAAUUAAUGAUAGAUUCUCUGGAGGCUUAUUUGUACUGGUCGACAGGACACGCGGUGGAGGUUGCCAGACUCAAUGGUCAGGAUAGGAGAUAUUAUCAUUCUGAUGAGAUUUUCAAUGGGAAACAGGUGAUGGGUUUGACUCUAGAUACAGAAAACAGAUACGUAUAUUGGAUCGUGAGAAGCUAUGAGAGCGGAUCGGUGGUCUACAGAGCUCCAACAUCCGAGAGGAUCCCGAUGAAUUAUAAAAUCGAACCUGAGAAGGUUCGUGAGGUGUCAGCUUUGCAACAUCCAAGCAUGCAAGGACCGCUCUGUUACUUCUCGGAGCACCUGCUGUGGCUUCAGGACGACAGAAAUGCUGUUAUCGGCGAUAUGACUGGUCAGAAUACAGCUGUUAUCAAUGGAAUCACAUUGUCGGGUCUUCAUAUGGUAUCCAUUAUGGAUACAGCACUGCAUCGAUAUCCAAUGAAUCUCACUGCAGAGAAUAUCGUGGUACUGCCACAUCCUGUCGAUCUUGACAGCAUCAGAGUCGUCGGUACUUGGCGUAAUUUUAACGUCUCCUGGGAUCCCGUCAAGAAUGUCAAUUACGGAACUGUCUUUUACGAAGUCAAAUUUGCUGAUUAUAUAAACACCAAUUCACAAGCGGAGAUCACGACGGAGACUUCUAUGCCGUACAAUAAUUCUGAACAGAUCCUUCCCUAUUCCGUAUUGGAGGUCACCGUAAAGGCCUUCACGUACUGGGAGACUUCACAUCAUUCGAGAAAAAUUCUACGGUCGCCACAAAGUGUACCAAGUCAGCCAGUUGAUCCGCGGGGAUUUGUGGAAUUUCAAAAAAAUCCCAUGCACGAAUAUAUUAAUAUUUUUGUGAUAUUCAGGUGGAAUCCACCAGAAUUUAUCAACGGCGUGAUAAAAGGCUACACAGUCAAGCUUUGUUUUACAUUGGAAAAUACUUAUAACCCAGUUUGUGAAAUAUUUGACGUUGCUGCUAAUAAAUUGGAGUACAGCGCGCACGAUCUUUUGCCAAAUACUACCUACUACUUUCAAGUGAGGUCUUAUACGGAAGUUGGUGCCGGACUUUAUACGGAUACCAUUGAGGUCUCGACGGAGAACGAAUAUCCGGUACCGCAGGUAUUGGUCGCCACUAUGGACGCAGUGAGAAUAUCGGAUUUGGAUAGAGGAGUCAAUUAUACGAUAACGAGACACAUUGCCGUGGAAGUGGCUUAUUUUGCGGCGGAGAAUAAAAUUUUUUGGAUCAACGAAAUGCAGGAAAUGGUCACUUCCGGUAUAGAUGGGACGAACGCUACUAAAAUCUUAUCACUAAAUAGUACCGCUCUCAGCCUGUGCGUUGAUUGGAUAUCCAGAACACUAUUUUGGACGGAAUUGGGAUACAAGGAGACCGGAAAUCGAAUUAUGAAAUUAGAUCUAUCGGCUUGGGAUGCUGGUGUCCUGAAAUAUGAAAGUAUCGUGAUAACAGGAAAGCCCGUGCUUAAAUUGGAUAUUUUACCAUUAUUUGGAAUCCUCUACUGGGUAGAACAGACGAAAUACGACCGUGGCGUAAUGAUGCAGUCGGAUUUGAACGGAAAAAAUAUUCAACCCUUUUUCAAUCACAACGAAGAUUGCUCUUGUCCUUAUAGACCGACGGUCUUACCGGUAAUGGCAAUAGACGAUACGGAUCCUCAGAAUCCAGUGAUUUAUUGGGUAUCUCGGGAAGGUCAUUUAAAUAUAGCCGACAUUGACGGAUGCGUAUGCAAUUUGGUUAUCAAUCAAGAAUACGAGAGGGGUUUGCCGCCGACCUCCUUGACCGUCGAUAAGAUGAACGUCUACUGGUCCAGCAUGUUAACGGACCGUAUAUAUUUUGUGAACAAACUUUAUCCAGACGUUAGGGGGAUACGAGAAUUUUACUUAUCGAAUGUAACAAGCAUGAAGGCCAUCGGAAAGUCUUUACAAUCGUAUCCACCGUCAGACUGCCUGGUGCCAACUGGAGAAGAGAAUAAAAUAGAGGAAAUAUCGAAAACAGCGAGCAGCAUUAAAAUAAGGCUGCCAGAGCCUCUUUCACAUGUGGGAUGCGAGAGUUAUCAUUUGCCUGGAACUCUAUAUUCAAUUCUCGUGAAAAAAUGCAUGGAAGAUGAGGAUUUUCCUUGCGAAGGAAGUUACAAAAUGAAGUUUGAAACUUUUGAAAGAGAAAUAGUCAUUCCGAAUUUGAAGCCAUUUUCGAAGUACAGAUUCGACCUGGGUUUGCGCAAUCAUUACGGAUACGUCGAGGCAUCCCAGUCCACUGUGAUAUUAUGGACGGAAGCUGGUGCACCGACGACACCGGAAAACGUCACGGUCCAAGCUCUGACGCCAACCUUGGCUGCUGUUUAUUGGAUGCCACCGAAAAUUCUGAAUGGCGCCGAAGUCCGGUACGAGGUGCAUUGGAGAUCUAUUCGUUUGGUAAAUGGAGUGAGACAGAAGGGGGAGCAGCUGAUAAAAAGUACAGAGGCUCCAGCGAACGGACUAUUUUGGGCCAUGCUGCAGCCACUACUUCCGGGACAGGAGUACGUCGUCUACGUACGAGCAUAUCCGGCGAAUGUCAGUGACGCUUAUAGCGAGAGUGCGGGGGACGUUGUCAAAAUGUAUCCGGAACCCAGCAAUUUGACAUUGACAGGAGUCAGCGUCAAUUCCUUGAACGUCUCUUGGACGCCGACAGUCAAUUUGACUAUCAGCCAUGUUUUAGAGUUCACUACGGUGGGCUUAGAAAAAUGGCAGGUUGCGAAAAGUCCGAAAAUCUUAACGGACUGUGUCGAGUAUUACAUCGAUGGACUGCAGCCAAGGACUUUAUAUAAAUUUCGAUUAAUAUUAAAAUAUCCAACUUAUGAGGAAGACUUCAUCUGGCCUUCCGAUGCCAGAUUUACGUUUCAAACACUUGGCGAUGUACCCAGUGCACCGGGUGUACCAACUGUAACAAAAUUACGAAGUUCCGUCUUCCAAUUAAAUUGGGAACCGGCGCAAGCACAUGGCUCUCAGGUGACGCUGUACCGACUGGAAGGCAAAUCAAUAGACGAAUCGAAUGACCAGGAAAUUGGGCGCAAUCAAAGUGACAACUGGGUCUUGUACUACAACGGAACUGAUAACUAUUGGAUAAUAAUGGGGGAAAUGAAUGAGAAGUAUCGAUUUCGCGUUCAGGCACGUAAUGCCUAUGGCUUCGGUGCUUGGAGCGAGCCAAGUACCAUAAUCGACCUGACGGAAACUUCUAGUGGGAUGUUGGCAGCUCAGCAACAUCUUGGAUUAGUCUUAGGACUGAGCGUUCCUGUUGUUGUCAUAAUGCUACUGUGCGUUUGCUAUUUUCUUUGCUCAGUGUACCGGCAGCGUAAGGAUGAUAAGCAGGCAGUAUUACCGCCUGUGGUGUCGGACGUGGAGUUGGCGACACUUCGUGAAAUUCCACGUGGAAAUUUCGUACAGUCCAACGCACUGUACGCAUCCGCCAUUCAGAACGACCCGGACGAUUCCUCCUUGCCCAAGAUACGAAGAGAUCAAAUAACUAUCGCCAAGAUUUUAGGCAGUGGAGCCUUUGGCGAGGUAUUUCGAGGAAACGCUAAGGAUCUCGAUGGACCCGGUAUCACACCAGUCGCCAUUAAAACAUUACGCAAGGGUGCGUCAGCCCAGGAAAAAACAGAGUUCUUACAAGAGGCGCGUUUAAUGAGUCACUUUAGGCAUAAGCACGUGCUGCGUCUCCUCGGAGUCUGCCUAGACACGGAUCCACCACUUUUGGUCUUGGAAUUGAUGGAAGCUGGAGAUUUAUUAAGCUACUUAAGAGCUAGUCGGUCCUUACAGUCGACGGAUCCUCGAGCACUGCGCCUUCAGGAUUUACUAGGAAUGUGCGAGGACGUGGCCAGAGGCUGCCGCUACUUGGAAGAGCUGCACUUCGUCCACCGUGAUCUGGCUUGUAGAAAUUGUUUGGUAUCAGCAAAGGAGCGUGAAAAUCGUGUGGUCAAGAUUGGUGACUUUGGUCUUGCCAGGGACAUCUACAAAAAUGAUUACUAUCGUAAGGAGGGUGAAGGUCUACUUCCGGUUCGUUGGAUGGCUCCGGAGUCACUCGUCGACGGGGUCUUCACUUCCCAGAGUGACGUCUGGGCGUUUGGCGUUCUCAUGUGGGAAAUUACGUCACUGGGCCAGCAGCCGUAUCCAGCAAGGACAAACUUAGAAGUCCUGCAUCACGUACGCGCUGGUGGCAGAUUACCUAAACCACCAAAUUGUCCACCGGCACUCCACAGACUGAUGUUGCGUUGCUGGAGUUCUGCAGACUCCAGACCCAGUUUUAAGACUUGUCUGGAGCACGUGAUUACGCUGAGGAAUAUUACGGAGGACGCCACGCUGAUUCCCGUUCAUGCUGGACAUUAUUUGGCGAGGCGAGGCGUGUCUAACAUGGCUUACUUUGCCGACGAGAAUCAAAAUCAUAACUCAGGAAAUUCAUGGAAGUCGAGUAGUUCCGAAGGAAGUAGGGAUAUGCAACCAUUCCUACAGGAUUCCCAUACCAAUGGGACAUUAUUAGGCUCAAACGAGGUGCCAAAGUAUUUGGAGUUAUUAGCUGAUAAUGAGGAAAUCGACGUGCGGGAUAAUCGUAGCGAUUACGAAGUGCCUCGAUCUAUUCAGAUACCAGAUUCGGUAUUAAGGAAAUCAGAGAAAAACUCAAUUACGGAACCGAAAGAGAAUACCAGCAACGAGGGUACGGAGACGCAUUGCGAUGCUUCGUCGGACGAACGAGAGCAGAUGGAAAAAAAGGUUAGACAAAAAAGGGCAUCGGUAACCAGUUUAAAUUUGCCAGAACGCAAAAGAGCUUCCGUGACGAGCAUUGGAGAAAAGUCUAACACCCUGGACGGUUCGGCAAUGGGAAAUGCGGUCAAGUCUUUUUCCAAAAGGGAUUCUCUGAGUUCACUGAGUGAGAGGAGGAAGGGAGAUAGAAGCAUAGGGCAGAAGAGAGGAUCCGAAACUAGCCUGGAAAAUAGAAGUUGCAGCUCGAGAAGUUCCUCCGUGAGCCUGGCGCCAUCUACCAGACCCAGCUCUUCACUAAUCAACUCCCAAAAUCCGUUUCCACCGAAGAGCACCACUGGCACCAGCAGAGGCAGUCUAAUAUGUGAUACGAAUAACGUAAAGAACAGUUUGCCAAAGCUGCAGAGGACCCAUUCGACUUUGCCAAAUGGCAAAGCCAAUAUACCGCUGGUGAUUAACGGUGCUCUUUUGAAAUUGUUACGGCAAACGUCAGGAGUCGAAGAUGGCGGCGAUAUCGUCACUUAUACGAAUAUUAAUUCGGAUGCUGUGAGAGUGAACGGUUCGUAGAUGGACAAGUGAUAAUAUAAUUAUUAAAAGACAUUUAAGACAGAGCGUAUCUUCGUUCCUAAUUCUGGUUUUUUGUAAUAAUUGUUAGUAUCGACGGAUACCUCUUUUUUUCAAUCGUGGACUCGUUAAUGGGGAUUAUUUUGAGAGAGGAAUAAGCGUUCUCUGAUUUUACUAUCGGAGAACCGAUGACUGCCAUGUUAACGUACAUGUAUAAAAUCCAUGUACUGGUUAAUCAAUAAUACUAAACAGUAGGGAGCGUUUAAUUAAUGUAUUUAUUAAAGUAGGCUGUACUGGAAAGGACUUCCGACUGUCAACGUACAAAUUUGAAAAUCAGAGGCUAAGGAUACCUUGUUAAGUUUACAAGAUCUUGAAAAGGUAUAUUGAGAUGUUGAGUAUAUUGUCAAAUUUUAUAAGGUACAAAAACAGAAGGAACGACAAGGACACAGUCGUCCGACAAUCGUAAUUCUAAGUUUGAUGUUGUUUGAUUAUAGCGAGCAUACGAAUGCUUGAUUCUCCAUGUUGCCUUAAAGUCACAGUUACGUGAAUGUAUGCAAUCUGUCAAUCAUGCUGAAUUAUUAUUAAGGAUCAUUGUAAAUACUUAUUCAUUCAGAAUCUGUCGUAAUACUGCAACUACUUUCACUCAACGUGAAAUAAUAAAUAUCGGCCAUGUUUUUUUUUUCUUGCGAAGCAACGUAUUAACACAUACCACGUGGGAAAACAUGUAGUAGACUCUAUGAGAAAUCUGUACUCUCUCACGCAUUUAGAAACUGUGCUAGGAGAAUCCGAUGAUUUAUUUAUGUAAUUAUUUAUCUUUCGUGUGAAUAGGGCUACUUCUUUCAAUAAGUCUUCCCUGUUUAAAGUCACAAAACCAUUCCCCUGAAAUAACGUGCACAUAUCUAUUGUUCCUUAAGUACGUUUAUAAUUCCCAAUUAAUUAUAAGUCAUGUAAACCUGUUCGUAGAUAAUCAUUAUUUUUGUACAUAACUUUUGAGUGAAAAUCUACGAUGAAUUACGAUAGGAAUUGUAACAUUUGAACAAUGUGAAACGGAAAUGCAGGCGUGACAAAAAUGGUGGUCAGUGGAGAAAGAGGGAAAGUGGCAAGUAAAAGAUGAAGGACUUGUCACGAUGGAAUAAUUGUCCUUGGACCAAGAGUUAAAGACAAUAAUUGUAAAUAAGAAAAUAAAUUAAUUCGCAAAGGAUA